GCCGGGUUUGCUACCGGACCUAAAUAGUCGCAGGCGGUGCUUCCGCCCGGACGCCGUUUCACAUCACUCAGGGGGAAACCGAGGCGGCCCUUGUGUGCCCGCCCGGCUCCGGGAUGGCCCCCAAACUCCCAGACUCUGUGGAGGGGCUCCGCGCCGCCGGCAACCAGAGCUUCCGCAACGGCCAGUACGCCGAGGCCUCCGCGCUCUACUGCCGCGCGCUGCGGUUGCUGCAGGUGCGAGGUUCUUCAGACCCUGAAGAAGAGAGUGUUCUGUACUCCAACCGAGCAGCAUGCCACUUAAAGGAUGGAAACUGCACAGACUGCAUCAAAGACUGCACUUCAGCACUGGCCUUGGUUCCCUUCAGCAUGAAGCCUCUGCUGCGGCGAGCAUCUGCCUAUGAGGCCCUAGAGAAGUAUCCUCUGGCCUAUGUCGACUACAAGACUGUACUGCAAAUUGAUAACAAUGUGGCGUCAGCCCUGGAAGGCAUCAACAGAAUGACCAGAGCUCUCAUGGAUUCACUUGGGCCUGAGUGGCGCCUGAAGCUACCCUCUAUCCCUGUGGUGCCUGUCUCAGCCCAGAAGAGGUGGAAUUCCUUGCCUUCAGAAAACAAAGAGUCAACCAAAAACAAAUCCAAAGAAACUACAAAGAGCAGAGUGCCUUCUGCUGGGGAUGUGGAGAGAGCCAGAGUUCUGAAGGAAGAAGGCAAUGAGCUUGUAAAGAAGGGCAACCAUAAGAAAGCUAUUGAGAAGUACAAUGAAAGCCUCUUGUUUAGUAACCUGGAAUCUACCACGUACAGCAACAGAGCACUCUGUCAUCUGGUCCUGAAUCAGGACAAGGAGGCAGUGAAGGACUGCACAGAAGCCCUCAAGCUGGACGGCAAGAACGUGAAAGCACUGUACAGACGGGCUCAAGCCUACAAGUCACUCAAGGACUAUAAAUCCAGCCUUGCAGACAUCAGUAGCCUCCUACAAAUUGAGCCCAGGAAUGGCCCUGCACAGAAGUUACGGCAGGAAGUUAACCAGAAACUGAAAUAAAACCUUAAAGGGCAGCAAGAACCUUUUGUCUGCCCUUCCCAGAGAAGCCAGGGGUGUCCUCCCUUGCAGCCACCCCCGAAACCUAGCAUGCCCCACAGGGAGCUUUGAAAUACCCUCCUCAGCCCCUCCGACAGCAGUGGCCUCCACCUUUGAGAGGCUUUGCUUGUUCAAGUUAAGCCAGCAUAGUCAAGCACAGACAUGGUUUCACCACAAAGGUCCUUGCUGGAGCUGAGUGUGAAGCUAGAGCCCUGUUCCCACCCUGCUGCCUCAGUUAGCAUAUCAGACAAGCAGUCCUCAACAGCAAAGCACUUGGCUUUGUCCCUGCCCCAAGUGUGCUGCAGAUUGAAUGCUGCCUUUGUAGUUGCAUCAGACCUCACUUCUCUGCAGUUAAUCUGAACUGAGCUCCUGGGUAGAGGUGGGGGAGAAGCUAAAAUCCCUGGCCCACCUACACCCAGAGCGGCCUGUUGAGCUGGUUCUCCAGUGCUGCAGCUGCUGUCCCCACCCUGUCUUGGGCACAGAAUUCUGUGUCAGCCCCAGUGCCUUUUUUCCAGGCCCUGCUCUGGUGAGAAGGCAGAGCUGUGUUCCCUAGACGGCUCUGCCCUUGACUCUGUGCUGCUGCCUUCUGCAUGGAGGUACCUAAGCUAUUGCAAGAGCCCGAUGGUUAUGGCCACACCUCUUGGGAUGGGGAGAGGGGCCUCCUUGAGGUCAGUAUCCUUCCAUUCUGGGCAGCAAUUUGCCUCCCCAUCCCCCCCUCCCCAAAGUGGUGGCCCCUCCAGGCUUCUUAGUUCGUUGUAAUAUGUUGAAGUUAAUUUGAACUGACUGAAUUUGUUGAGCUGUGUGUUAAGCUAUUGCAUUAAAAGGCUUUCUUCUGUACAGAA